AUGGCCGCCGACCCGAGCAAGCUCGUCAUCAGCCCGCACGCAGAUGGACUGGCACGCCUCACCUUCUCGCCCGAUGGCCACUACCUGUACACGUGCGGCUAUGAAGGCCUGAUGCGCAUCUUCGACUCGCGGCUCGACGUUGACAACACGGUCGAGCCGGCCGUCAUCGAGUUCCACGAGGACGCCGUCGUGUCCAUCUCGGCAACGAACGACCUCUUCGCGUCGGCCUCCGAGUCGGGCCAAGUCGUCUUGCACGAGGCCGGCUCGACCGACCUCGAGGGCUUCCUCACCCGGUUCUCCCUGCCGGCACGCAGUGUCCGCUUCGACCCACGUGGCAAGCGCGCUGUCGUCACGUCGGACGAGGUCAUCGCCAAGGUCAUCGACGUCAAGGACAAGACCAAGGUGCAGAUCCUCACGGGCCACUCGAGGUCGAUCCGCGAGGCGAGCUGGAGUCCCGACGGGCAGUUUGUCACAACGAGCUCGGUCGACGGCACGAUCCGCGUGUGGCAGCUCGACGCCGGGACCGAGCCGACCUGCGUCCAGGUCAUCGAUGGGAUCAUCACGGCAGAAGACGCCGACUCGGAGUACUCGGUCGAGGUCAUCUGGCACCCGGCGGGCAAGUUCUUCGUCGUCGCGAGCAAGGACAACGAUAUCGCCGUCGUCUCGCGCGAGACGUGGCAGAAGACGGGCACCUUUUCGCUCAAGGAGGGCGGCGGGCGCGUCUCUUCUCUCGCCUUCUCGGCCAACGGCCUGUACCUCGCGUCGGCUUCGCUCGCCGGCGACCUCCUCGUCUGGUCGGUCAAGGACCGCAAGGUCGUCAGCCGCACGCCGCACGCGCACGGCCUCAUCACGAGCCUCGCCUUCCACCCUGCGCCGACGGCCAACUCGCUCGCCUACAUCGACAACAAGGGCCAGCUCACGCGCUGGCAGAACCCGGUCCCGACCGACCUUCCCGCGCCGACGCAUGCUCGCGCACCGCCGGCGCCCAAGGAGGCCGUCGCCAAGAAGGCGUCGGCCCAGAACGGCGGGCGCAGGCGCAGCGACUCGGCGUCGACGUCGACUAGCUCGCACGCUGGCGGCGAAGACGGCAACAAGAAGGGCGCCCUCUUCCGCAAGGACCAGGCGUCCCACGACGAGUUUGGCGACCUCGACCUCGGCGACGACUGGCUCGAGGACGACAUUGGCGACCGCCUCGAGGGCGAGCUCGACGCGGUCGACGUCGACGGCGCAGACGAGCACGACCCGUUCGCCGACGAUGUGCCGGUGCCGGGCAUGGACGGCGGGCGCAACGGGCCGGCGGGCUUCUCGCGGGCAAGGUCGGCGCCGAUUGCGGGCAAGGCGUACGGCGUACAGCGAGGGCAGGCGCCGUUCCAGCCGGGAGCGACGCCGUGGAGGGAGAAGCGGCGUUACCUCGCGUUCAACAUGAUUGGCUUCAUCUCGGCCGUCGACCGAGACGAGUCGCAGUCGGUCACGAUCGACUUUCACGACCGCAGCUCGCACGUCGCGACCAAGUUCGAGGACAAGAUGAAGUACGACAAGGCGAGCUUGGGCGAGCUCGGCGCCAUCUUUUCGUGCCCGGCGAUCGACGACCACCCGGCGCAGCUCUUCUACAAGCCGUACCAGUCGUGGACCUCGCUCGUCUCGUGGCCCAUGUCGCUCCUCGCCGGCGAGCAGGUGACGGCGCUCGCGCUCGGCGGCGGCGGCCUCUCGUCGACCGACGCGCUCGCGUUCGACGACCCGACGGUCGGCCUCGGCGGCAGCGGCACGGCCCUCGUCGCCACCUCGCGCGGCUUCGUGCGCUUCAUCAGCGGCGCCGGCCUGCAGAAGUACGUGUGGAACGUCGGCGAGGAGGUGGUCGCGCUCGCGGCGGCGCGCGAUUGGGCCGUCAUCGUGCACCGGGCGAGCGGCGGCGCAGCCGGGCUCGAGUACGCCCUCGUCGACACGGACACGUUCGAGUUCGUCCAGCAGGGCAAGGUGCCGCUCGUGCACGGGACGUCGCUCGCCUGGAUCGGCUUCUCGAACGACGGCAUCCCCGUCAUGUACGACUCGGCCGGCAUGCUCUCGAUCCUCGACCGCUCGCGUCGGCCUCGGCAAGCGCGGUGGGUGCCCGCCCUCGACACCCAGUCGCUCGCUCGCCGCGAGGGCAAGCAGGAGGCGUACUGGCCCGUCGGCGUCACCGAGCAGCAGCUUCAUGUCGUCAUCCUGAAGGGCGGCGAGCAGCACCCGCACUUCCCGACACCGCUCCUCCAGGAGCUCGACCUCCAGUUCCCGCUCCUCAGCAUGGACGUCCCGGCCGGCCAGCUCGCCGAGAAGCACCUGCGCGAGUCGCUCUUUGUUCAGCACCGCAAGGACGGCGCGCCCGCCGACGACUACUCGCUCAAGACGGAGCUCGCGCGCGAGGAGGUCCAGGUCGACAAGCACAUGCUCCUCGCAAUCCAGGCGUUCUGCAAGGCCGACAAGCUCGAGGCCGCCCUCGACGCCGUCCUCCUCUUGACGCAGCCGGCGUCGCUCAUCGCCGCGAGCAAGGUCGCCGGCUUCUUCACCCUGCCGGCGCUCCAGGAGCGCAUCGAGCUCGUACAGCAGAUGCGCGACGACGCCGCCGACCCGGACGAGGCCGCCCUCAAGCGCCAGAGCAAGUGGGCCCACCUCGUCGACGACCGCUACGUCUCGGCCGGCGGCGUCCCCUCGGCCGCGUCGCACUCACGCGGCGGCAUGGCGGCGCCGGCCGCCGCCGACCUGUUUGCGCCGCGAGCGCCGACGGGCACGCCCGCGUUCGGCACGGCGCAGCGCCGGUCGUUCGGGACGCCGAGCGCGAGCGCGACGCCGGCGAGCUCGUCGAGGGCGUUCGGCUCGGCGGCGGUGCCGUCGUCCAAGAAGCGCAAGAGCUUUGCGAACGGUGCGGGCGUGAGCAUGGCGGGCAGUGACGGCGCCGAGAUGCAGCUCGACGGCGAGGACGACGACGAGGACGAGCGGGGCGGCCUGGUGCUCGGUGGCGAGGACGAGCCCGUGUCGAGCCCGAAGCGGAUGCGGCUCGGCAGCGACGAGCCGGAGGAGCUCGACGACGAGGACCUUGAGGAGCACGAGGCGCGACCGGCGCCACCAAAGAAGGCGCUCAACCCGUUCGCCAAGCGUCCUGCUGUGCCCAAGCCCGCUCCUGCACCUGCCGCCAACCCGUUCGCCGACAAGAAGGCGGGCAAGGCCAAGGACCUCGGGAGGACCGACAGCUUCUUCCACCGGGUCGAGGGCAAGGAGGCUCCUGCGCCAAAGGCCAAGGGCAAGGGCAAGGCGGCAUCGGCGGCAUCGUCGACCUCGACCAAGAAGGGCAAGGAGGUCGUCAGCAGCGGCGCCAAGCAGCUCACGCUGUUCGGCGCGCCUCCUCCAGGCGCCAAGGCCGACUCGGCGACCAAGGCGUCGAGCAACAAGAAGCGCAAGGCGUCGGCCGCGCCGCCGACCGAGGUGACGGCCCCGACGCCCUCUGCGACCCUGUCGACCUCGGCCACGACGACCGCCGGCUCGUCGUCGUCGUCGUCGACCUCGAAGCUCGACGCGUUCCGGCACAAGCCCAAGCCCGGGUCGGCCGCCGCCGCGGGGCUCGGCGCGUCGGUCGGAGCGCGCGAGUUGCCGCGCGAGGGCGAGGACAUGGAGGAGACGCAGGUCGUCGACGAGACGCAGGAGGACGAGCCGGUCGGGCUCGCGAGGGAGCGCAGCGAGCUGAAGACGGUCAGGGAGGAGACCGAGGGUGCGGCGGCGCGAGGCGAGGACGAGACGCAGGAGGACACGCAGAUGACCGAGACGCAGGUCGAGACGCAGCCUGCCACCGCCUCGCCCUCGUCGCACAAGGAGAACGCUCGACCGUCGCCGGCCGCACAGCUCGACAGCGCUCAGGCCGCCGCGCCCAAGCCGGCUGGCACCGACGCUUCGCCCUCGCCUGCCGACGACGAGGCGUGA